GGCGGACCUUUUCUUGCUGCAAACAGUAUUGUGACCGCAUGAUUCGAAAUAAGGGGACAGCCCCACUCAGCCAGUCAGUCUGGUAAAACCUGUCACUUCGGUUGCUUACCUCCACUUUUUUAACCCAUACACAUUCAAAUGCAAACGGAUAGCUACGCAAACAACCCUGAAUGGGAAGAUGUUCAACCCAUUCCCCAGGACGAUGGUGAAAAUCCGUUGGUUCCGAUAGCUUAUUCUCGCGAAUAUUCGGAAGCAAUGGACUACUUUCGAGCUGUUGCCCGAGUAAAUGAAAAGUCUCAACGCGUCUUGGAACUCACUGCUCAUAUCAUCGAUAUGAACCCUGCUCAUUAUACCAUUUGGCAAUAUCGACAGAGUUUAUUAGAUGCUUUGAAGAUGGAUUUGAACACUGAGCUAGACUUCAUUGAUGUGUUGGCGGAAGAGAAGUCUAAGAACUAUCAGAUAUGGCAUCACCGACAAGUGGUUGUUGAAAAACUUGGCAAUGGGUCACGAGAGAUUGCCUUCAUCAACAAAGCAAUCGAAGAUGACUCCAAGAAUUACCAUGCAUGGUCAUAUAGACAAUGGGUGGUUCAAGCCUUCAACCUUUGGGAUAACGAAUUGAGUUAUGUGGAAGACAAUCUUAGGAUUGAUAUACGAAAUAACUCCGCCUGGAACCAUCGCUACUUUGUUGUUUUCAGCAGGCCAGAUGCGAAAAUUGAUGAUUCCACGGUUCAACGCGAAGUCGAAUUCUCCAAAAGAAUGAUAAAGAUUGCACCCAACAAUGGCAGUUCAUGGAACUAUUUACUUGGCGUGUUGCGAAAAUGCGGGCAAUCUGUUGAAACACUUGAACCAUUCCUGGAUGAAUUGAGUAAAGAUAAUAUACAGUCACCACAUCUAUUAAGUACAAAGAUACUGUUAUAUGAGCACGCAGCUCAGAAGCAAGAGCGAUCAAUCAAUGACGAGGCACUAAAGCUUUGUGAUGAACUUGCAUCAAAAUAUGAUCCAAUUCGUAGCAAGUACUGGGGAUACCGAAAAUCACAACUUCAAGCGAUAAGUAUUUAAUGAUUUAAUCCGUAAUCUAUCGUUGUCUGGAAGUGCAUAAUAAAAAGUCCUAAAGACAUGGGUAGAUGGCUUUUUUUGGGUUCAAAGUCUAUAGUAAUUAUAUACACGACGGCUUUGCUGCAGCAUUGCUGUCUAGUGCUGUAACUCAAUACGCUUCCCAGGAGCCCAAUCCACAAUUGCACGGCGAAUGUUAUCCCAAUAUUGCAUUUGAAUGGUAAGCUCUUUGGCUUCUUCCAUGUUGUUGGAUUUGAAAGACUUGAUGAGCUGUUCAGCA